AUGUUCUCGAUUUCAACGACGCCGGCGAAACAGUCUGUCAGCGAAACUAUAACCGUUCUAAGUGGCCGCCUAAACUCGGCAACCCUGCUUGAAGACCGACGAGCGGCAAUACUGGGUUUACGAAGCUUUGCGAAAGAUUUUCCGGCAUCGGUGGCCUCUGGUGCAUUGAGAUGUCUCAUUGGGAGCUUGGCUAAGGAUGGCGACGACGUCGACACAGUCAAAGUCGUGCUGGAGACGCUGCUGAUGUUAUUUAGUCCCAAUGAAACCAGCCCUGAGGCUUCCGACGAAGUAGUUCUCUGGUUGGCGGAUGAAUUUACUCAACGCCAGGAAAAUAUAACACUCUUGUUGGACUUUGUGGAAUCCGAAGAUUUUUACUCGCGACUGUACUCAUUACAACUGCUCACCGCCAUACUUUCGGCCCGUACUGAACGAACUGAGGAAUGCAUUUUUACUGCGCCUUUAGGCAUCAGUAGACUCGUUGCAACUCUCGAUGACCAGCGUGGUGCGGUGCGAAACGAGUGCGUUAGUCUCCUGACAGCCCUCACACCCUCAUCAACGGAAAUACAGAAACUGGUAGCGUUCGAAAACGCAUUCGAGCGGAUAUUUGCUAUUGUGGACGUCAAUGGAUCACUGACAGACGGCGGGAGAGCUGUAGAAGAUUGUUUAAUUCUUUUGGCAAAUCUUUUGCGCAGAAACCCUUCCAAUCAAUCUCUUUUCCGGGAAUCUGGUUUCAUUGCAAAGCUGGCUGGGUUGCUGGAAAGUCUGCUGGAGACACAACUCUCGGAUGCCGGUAUUGCGGCAUGGGCCUUGACACAGCGUAAUCGAAACGUCUAUGCGUUCUUGGCCGUCCUACGGCUGUUCCUCAUUCAGGGCUCGGCUGGUGUGGCACAGAAUCAACAUGCCUUUUGGAAGCAAGGCCUGGUCUAUAAUAUCCUUCAAUUGGCAUUUUCUCGUCGAGAAGUCCAAGUUACAAUCAAAGCGGAGGCGUUGACCACUUGUGGUAAUAUGAUCCGAGAUGCAAAGCCCCUCCAGGAGAGUUUUGCUCAAUUCAUGGUCCCAGCUCCGUUGCUCGCUGGUCCAGGGGAAGACUCACCUAAGGAAUUUGCGGCGAAGACGUAUGUCAUCGACGGAUUACUCGACUUGACCCUUAAUUCAGUGGACCAGUCGUCAUUUGACCUUCGAUUCUCGGCUUGCGAGUGCUUAAAGGCAUACUUCUCGAAUCAUGCAGAAGUUAGGCUACACUUCUUGUCCAGGGCGAUCGACGGUUACAUGGCAGGGGCCGAAGAAUCCGCCAACAUUUUGACGGUUCUAUUGAAGCCGGAUGCAGCGGCCUUUGCCCGUGAUCCCUACCGUCCAUGGUUUGCCUCCGUCAUCGCCUUCCAUCUGCUUCACGACAAUCCUACCGCAAAGGCAAAGCUACUGCAAGUUACAGAAGGGGAUUCCUCUAAGGGCGAAGAGGUUGUCACAAGUAUACAAACGGUCGCUGCUCAUCUCAUCGCCAGCAUCGCCAAUGGUGACGAUGCCAGGAUUUCAGUGGGCUACUUGAUGUUGCUUUUGGGUUGGACAUUCGAGGAUUUCGAUGCCGUGAAUGACUUUCUGGCGGAGGGAAGCAAUGUGCAAAGCCUUAUACAGGCGAUCUCACAACCACUCUCCGCAGGGGGGGAUAUCGUUCGGGGUCUUUGCGCGUUCCUUCUAGGCGUUAUAUACGAAUUUUCAACAAAAGAUUCCCCGCUCUCCAGAACUAGCCUUCACUCUAUUCUUUCUAAGAGAUUAGACAGAGAGCAGUACUUGGAGCGCCUGAGCAGGCUUCGAAGCCACCCGCUAGUCCGUGAUUUUGAAGUCACUCCACAAAAGUACCGCCUUUCUGCAGGUAACAGCCUGCCGGACAUCUUUUUCGACUCGAUUUUCGUUGAUUUGUUCAAGGAUAACUACAGCCGAAUGGGGCGUGCUAUUGACAGGGCACCAGAGUUUGAGAUUGCUGUCAUGACAAAUGGUGUCCAGAAAGGUAUAUCGAGAGAACUUGUGGAUUCUCUUCGAAGUCAGGUUGAGGAUAGGGAUUGCGCUCUGCAAGAAGCCAAAACCAAACUUCUAUCGCUGGAAGAUGCGCUUCAUACCCAAGAGGCAGAACAUCGACGGGCCAUCGAAGCCGCUACUGUUGAGUUGUCUAAACUCAAAUCCUCAUUCGGGGAUAUCGAAAGAGUUCAUCAAGAGCAACUUGGAACACUGUCACAGGAGCAAUCGGCAAAGGAGGCGGACCAUGAGCGCGAAAUCGUAUUGGUUCGAGCGCAGCUUGCAGCAAGAGAGAGCCAACUUCAGACGGAUCUAGCUCAAGCGCAAAAGUCCGCUCACUCAGAGGUUGAGCGUGUGAGAUUGCGUGCUGAUGCAGAGGCGGCUGACCUCAAAGCAUCUGUGAAUCGCCUUGAAGUGGACUUGAUGAAGGCGAGCAAAUCCAAAAUACUGGAGCUACAGGCACUCCAAGAAGAAAAUGCAAGGCUACUGGCGCUGGAGGCGGAUAAGACAGCGCAGGCAAGGGAGCAUCGCUCAGAAUUAGAAGGGCAGCUCAGUAGCACCAAAGCAACUGUAGACGAUAUGCAAAGCAAGCUUGAGAGCAUCGAGACAAAGCUUUCAGACGAGGCUAGCGCCAAGAAAGCUGCUCAGGCAGAGCUAGACGACCUACUUAUGGUAUUUGGCGACUUGGAGGAGAAGGUCGCCCGUUAUAAGGCACGCCUUAGGGAACUUGGUGAGAUUGUGUCCGAGGGUGAGGAUGACGAAGAGGAUGAGCUAGACCACGAGACAGAGGAUGGGAGGAAUGAUAUGGAUGGCAAUAUCAAGUGA